AUGGAAACAGCCACUCGAGAUGCUACAGAGAUCCACAGCAAGGGUAGAGAAGAAAAACUUCUUGGUCUUGACAAACUGACACUGAACAGACCCUCGAAUAGAUCAGAUAGUGGCCCACCUUCCCCUGUAGUGUGUUAUCGAUGUGGAGCUAAUACCCAUGUUGCAACUGAGUGUAGAUUUAAGAAAGAAGUCUGUCACAAGUGUGGAAAGAGAGGUCAUAUUCAAAGAGCUUGCCGGGCACAACAAAGCCAGGGGCCCGGUAGACCCUCUCCCAGAUCAAGAUACCAGAAAUCGACCAAUGCCAUAGAGACCGAACCAGAUGAGUUUGAACACUUGUUGAAUAACCUAGAAGUUCAUAAUGUAAACAAAUCAAACAGUGAUGUCAUAUGGGUUGACGUGAAAGUUGAAAAUCAACCACUAUCCAUGGAACUAGACACAGGAUCGGCCGUGUCCAUUUUGCCAUAUGACAUGUUCUUGGAAAGAUUUCGCGACAAGAAGUUAGAGAAAACAACCACCUUACUAAAGACCUAUACUGGUGAACUGAUUGUUCCAGUUGGUUGCCUUACCAUGCAAGUUGAAUACUUAGAUCAAUCAUGUCAAUUGCCAUUCCAUGUAGUCCAGACUAAGGGUCCAGUGUUAAUGGGUCGAGAUUGGCUUCACAGGCUUCGCCUCGACUGGAAAACCAUUAAGUUGUUGAAAUCCUCAGAUUCCAGCCAUAGAAACCCUGGCACGACUACACAAGAGAAGCUGAAAAACCUAUUGGAUACGUAUGCAGAGGUUUUUGAAGACAAGCUGGGAACUUUCAAGUCUGCCAAAGCAAGGAUAACCCUCAAAGAAGGUAGUCAACCGCAGUUUCGCAAAGCUCGUCAGGUCCCAUAUUCCUUACGACCGAAAGUGGAGGAAGAACUGAAGAGACUUCAGAGCGAAGGUAUUUUGUCGAAAGUAGAGUGGAGUGAUUGGGCGACACCGAUUGUACCAGUGCCGAAACAAGAUGGUUCAGUCCGUAUUUGUGGUGACUUCAAAGGUACUAUUAACCCAACACUACAAGCACAACAGUAUCCUCUGCCUCGAAUCGAAGAUAUCUUUGCCCAUUUAGCUGGUGGGAAAAAGGUUUCCAAGAUUGACCUCCGCCAAGCUUACCAUCAUAUUGGGCUGGAGGAAAAAUCCAAGAAGUACCUUACAAUUAAUACGUCCAUGGGCUUGUUUCAAUACAAUCGAUUGGUGUUUGGUAUUACCUCAGCUCCCGCCAUUUGGCAGCGUACCAUGGAUCAGAUUCUGGAAGGAACUUCUGGUAUUAGUUGUAUCCUAGAUGAUAUGAUUGUGACGGGUAAAAGCGAUGCAGAGCAUAUGGCUAACCUGGAGGAGGUCCUUCGACGGCUGCACCACCAUGGGUUAAGAGCCAAUAAAUCGAAGUGUGAGUUCUUCAAAGAAAAGAUCACGUUCUGUGGCCACGACAUUAAUAGUGAAGGCCUGCACAAGACCACCGACAAGACAGCUGCAAUGGUGAAUGCCCCUCGCCCCCAGAGUGUUGCAGAGAUACGCUCCUUCCUGGGAUUGGUGAAUUAUUACCACAAAUUCCUGCCAAACCUUGCUACAAUCCUGCAUCCUUUGAACCAAAUGCUGGAAAGUAACUACCAAUGGAACUGGACAGAUCAAUGCGAAGAAGCCUUUUGCAAAGUUAAAGCAAUGAUUGUUUCAGAUCUGGUGCUUACACAUUAUGAUCCUAACCUUCCCUUACAACUGGCUUGUGAUGCUUCACCUUUAGGAAUUGGAGCGGUACUGUCCCAUGUCAUGACAGACGGCACAGAGCGCCCGAUAGCGUUUGCAUCGAGAUCCCUGUCGAAGGCGGAGCGCAACUACGCACAGAUAGAUAAAGAAGCACUAGCUACAGUGUAG